AGCAGGGAAACUCGCACUGAGACUUGCCGGGACAGACGGAGAGAGAGAGGAGAGAGAGAGAGACGGAAGGCUGAGACACCAGACAUACACACACACAACCAAGAUAGAGGAAAAUCCCUAAGAUAACACAUCCAUAACCAUGGCAGAUAAAAUUAAGGACGCCAAGAUCAUCUUUGUUGUGGGUGGCCCCGGCUCUGGUAAAGGCACUCAGUGUGAGAAGGUGGUGGAGAAGUACGGCUUCACACACCUGUCGUCAGGAGACCUGCUGCGUGCCGAGGUGGCGUCCGGCUCUGAGAGGGGCAAACAGCUCCAGGCCAUCAUGCAGAAGGGAGAGCUGGUGCCUCUGGACACCGUUCUGGACAUGAUCAAGGACGCCAUGAUCGCCAAGGCCGACGUGUCCAAGGGCUUCCUGAUUGACGGAUACCCUCGUGAGGUCAAGCAGGGGGAGGAGUUCGAGAAGAAGAUCGGUGCUCCUUCCCUGCUGCUCUACAUCGACGCAAAGCCCGAGACGAUGGUGAAGAGGCUGUUGAAGCGUGGAGAGACCAGCGGCCGCGCCGACGACAACGAGGAGACCAUUAAGAAGCGCCUGGACCUUUAUUACAAAGCCACCGAGCCCGUCAUCGCCUUCUACGAGGGCCGCGGCAUCGUCAGGAAGAUCGACUCGGAGCAUUCUGUGGACGAAGUGUUCAAAUAUGUUUCCCAGGCGAUCGAUAACCUCAAGUAAAGAAAACCUGAUCAGAUGAA